ACAUGAUAUAAUUAUGAAAUUCUGGGUAUGUAUGAGAAUUACAAAUAUUUACCUGAACCAGGAGUAACAUGUAGGAUAUAUCGUAUUAUUUUGAAGGAACUGGGAAAAAAAUAGAUUGACUUGUGAGAUAAAGGGAAUAUUCAAUGGAUAUCCUGCUAUUUUCGUGGCAAAGAAAACAAAUAACGACUUUGAUCUCAAUAAUUGAACAUAGUCGCUCCUAUAUAUAUAGCAAAUGCAAACCAGGUUGGAGACUCAAUUUAUGAAGUGAGCAACACACCACACGUCCACACCACACCACACCACGCCCUUCUUCUUCUUCUUCUUCUUCUUCUCAAUCUCUUUCUCUAUUUCCAUGGCCUCGUCAACGAGUUUUGCACCUUUUGUAUUUCUAUUUCUCGUCAUUGGGGCCGUUGCACGACCAUUACAUCCACUUCCUAGCAAAGGUCAUCAUGGAAGUAGGCAGCCUCUGCAGACUUGGCGCCCGUAUAACAUUGCACAUCGAGGUUCAAAUGGAGAGCUUCCCGAAGAAACUCGUCCUGCAUACUUGAGAGCUAUUGAAGAAGGCACAGACUUCAUUGAAACUGAUAUCUUGUCUUCCAAAGAUGGUGUUCUUAUAUGUUUCCAUGACUUUAAACUUGAUGAUACUACUGACAUUGCAAAAUACAAAGAGUUUGCUGAUCGCAAGAGAACAUACGAAGUCCAAGGGGAAAACGUCACUGGCUUUUUUACUGUUGAUUUCACUUUAAAGGAACUAAAGUCAUUGAGAGUGAAUCAGAGGUUUAGCUUCAGGGAUCAACAGUAUAAUGGAAAAUUUCAAAUCAUCACUUUCGAAGAGUUCAUUUCCAUAGCACUGGAUGCACCCAGGGUUGUUGGAGUAUAUCCAGAGAUAAAAAAUCCAGUGUUUAUCAAUCAGCAUGUGAAAUGGUCAGAUGGCAGAAGAUUUGAGGACGUGUUUGUGGAGACACUUCAGAAACAUGGAUACAAGGGUUCAUACCUGUCAAAAGAUUGGUUGAAACAACCAGCAUUCAUUCAGUCGUUUGCUCCAACAUCACUUGUGUAUAUAUCAAAUCAAACGGACUUGCCCAAGGUUUUCUUAAUUGAUGAUAUUACUAUUCCAACACAAGACACUAACCAGUCAUACUGGGAAAUUACAUCCGAUAAAUACUUUGCCUACAUAAAGCAAUAUGUUGUCGGAAUUGGACCUUGGAAGGAUACAAUAGCACCAGUGGUAAAUAACUAUGUGGUGAAUCCCACUGAUCUUGUUGCCAGGGCACAUGCUCAUAACCUGCAGGUGCAUCCAUAUACUUACAGAAAUGAGAACAAGUAUUUGCAUUUCAAUUUUAGCCAAGAUCCGUAUGUGGAGUAUGAUUACUGGAUCAACAAGGUAGGAGUUGAUGGCCUUUUCACAGACUUCACUGGUAGUCUUCAUAAUUUUCAAGAGUGGACCUCCUAUAAGAGUCAAGAUGCAUCCAAGCUAUUGCAUAAAAUUGCUCAGUUGGUAUCCCCUUACAAAUGACCAUGAAAGUCAUGUGAUGUGGAAGUGUCAAAUACUAUGAUGCAUCCAUGGAGAGAUUAUCAAUGGUAUAGGUAGACUUUGUGUGUGUUUGGAUUACAGUUGAGUCCUAAGUCCUACUGGAUUUUCAUUUCAAUCCGAAUAAGAGUUUCAUUUAGUUUUAGUUUUGAAGUGAGUACUUACGUCCGUUUCCACUUGUGUCAACAUUCAAAACAGUAGCAAUUUCAUUUGUUUUAGAAUGCUAGAAAACCAGCAACAAUAAUGCAUGGGAAAAUCAUCCCACCCUUUCGUUUCCUUUUAA